AGAUAAAUUAUCAUAAUGGAGUGCAUUGGCGCGGGAUCGCGCACGGCAGUGCUCAAAAGAAAGGUGCUACUAACGUGUCUGAUUAUGGACUCACGAUAUAGAAAAGGCUCGUUUAUUGAGCAAUAUGAGGAAGACAUUGAGGUCAAACCGGCCGUCGAUUUAAUUCCGGACGAGUACGAGCGAGAUGACAACCGAAAGUUCCUGGUCGAGAUGUUUUAUAGUGAAAAAGACGGGGAGGCGAAGGCUUUUAGGGACUUUUUGUUAGAAUUGGGCUUUGUGGUGGACGUAACACUUCAUGAAAAACAACGAUUCGACAAGAGUCCACCGGACGGCGAUUGGUUGGCAAAAGUCCAAGAUAAAAUUGUAACAAAUAAGUACGAAGGAUUGAUGAUGGUGUUCGCCAAAGUGGAAUACAAAAACGUGGACAUAAGGCACGUUUGGAGCAGGUUUACCGCACCGAACUGUCCGACAUUAAAAGACAAACCCAAGAUCUUCCUAUUUCAGAUUUUAAAGCGCCAAAUCGUCGACGUUGAUGCUGUUUUUACCCGGAAGUUUUGGAGCGCCACCUACGACACUCCCGCCGAAGCGGAUAUUGCGGUGAUUUAUGACAAAUACGAUUCAGAUAGGGAGAAUAUCUUCACCAAAUUGAGGAAAAACAUCCGGCAACACGGUAAAACCGAAGAUUUAACCACCAUAAUAAGCCUCUGCGGGGUACAAAAUGCAUGCCAGCCAAUGACCAUGUCAACCAUGACGGGGAGAUUUUUUUUCGUGCCCCACGAACAUCGCGGACACCACCACAAGUUGCACGUGAUGAAUACUAAGGUGAUCGAUCAAGUGAGGUCUAUUCACUCCCAUUUGGUUUCCAAUGAUAAUGAGAGCCAUCAUCAAAAAGACAACAUUAAGAAACAAGGGUCGCUGAAACGAUGGUUCGUUAAGCAGUUUUCAACGAAAAAGAGCCGCGAUAGCAAUAUAAAUGAUGUGCCUAAUAGUCCAUCUUCAGCUAGAGCAAGAAUGAAAGAAAAUAUUUCAAGAGAUGAAGUGAAAGUGUUGAGAAAUAGUAGUAAAACAUAUACUGGAGAGGUUCAAGGGGGCGUAUGGACAAGAGUGACUAUGUCAGAACAAGUAUCACACACGUCUAUAAGCUCCUCUAGUGCUGGACCUUCCAGAGGUGGAAGACUAACAAGUAGUUUGCCAAUUGGCUCACAAUUAACCCAGCCAAGGAAAAAGAAUUAAUUUAAACAAAAUAUAAAUAUUAUUUGUUGUUUUUAGCUUUUUAAUAAUCUUCCUGAAUUUAAAUGUUCUUGAGUUCUUAAAAAUAAAGUGCUACUUAUUAUA